AUGCUAAAUAGUCAAAUAUCGUUGAGACUCCUAAGUGGGUCCAUAAGAUCACAACUUAGAACUAGAUACAUAUCACGAACAUCAUUAAUACUGCCACAUAUAAGGUCAUUUUCAAGUAUAUCGCGCCACUCAUUUCAUCAAUCUUUCAUCAAUUUCAACAAACAAAAUCAACCAAAAGAUGAUAAAGAUAAAGACAACGACAAUAAUGACAUUGAUAAAAAAGCUAGAGAAGAAUAUGAAGCGAAACUAAAUGAAAGAAAUUAUACCAAAAAGAAUGAAGAUCCCAAAAAUAAACCAAAAGAUGAAGAAGAAGAUAAAAUACGUGAAGAAUUAAAGAAAAAAUUCAUGAAAAAACAUCCAGGAAUUCAACCAAAAGAUUUUAAAAUAUAUAAAAUUGAAUGGAAACAAAUUAUAAAUAUAUUAUUUAUAACAAGUUCUUCAUUAUUAAUUUGGCUUUAUGUACUAUCAACUUUUAAAGAUGAAAAAAAUCAACAAGAAUUAUCUAUGCAAAGUUUUAUAACGAAUUAUUUGGAAAAGGGUUUAGUUAAAAAAUUAACGGUUAUAAAUAAAUAUGUUGUUGAAGCACAAUUAAUACCAGGUGCUGCAAGUUCAAAUACUUUUAAUAAAUCAGAUGGAACUCCAGCUGUUAUGUUUACUAUUGGAUCAAUUGAAUAUUUUGAAGAUGAAAUGAAUAAAGUACAAGAUCGUUUGCAAAUUCCAAUUAAUGAAAGGAUACCAAUAGUAUAUGAAGAUAAAGGAUCAUGGAUGAAUUAUAUUUUACCUAUUUUACCAACUGUUUUAUUAAUUGGUGGAUUAUAUUAUUUAACAAUGAGAAGAAUGCCUGGUAAUCAAGGAGGUGGUGCUGGUGGUGCUGGUGGACCAGGUGGAAUUUUCAAAAUUGGUAAAUCAAAAGCUAAAUUAUUUAAUCAAGAAACUGAAGUUAAAAUAAAAUUUAAAGAUGUUGCAGGAUGUGAAGAAUCAAAAGAAGAAAUUAUGGAAUUUGUUAAAUUUUUACAAGAUCCUCAAAAAUAUGAAAAAUUAGGUGCAAAAAUUCCAAGAGGUGCUAUAUUAAGUGGUCCUCCAGGAACUGGUAAAACUUUAUUAGCAAAAGCAACAGCAGGUGAAGCAGGUGUUCCAUUUUUAUCUGUUAGUGGUUCUGAAUUUGUUGAAAUGUUUGUUGGUGUUGGUGCUUCAAGAGUUAGAGAUUUAUUUAAAACUGCAAGAGAUAUGGCUCCUGCUAUUAUUUUUGUUGAUGAAAUUGAUGCAAUUGGUAAAGAAAGAGGUAAUGGUAGAAUGGGAGGUAAUGAUGAAAGAGAAAAUACUUUAAAUCAAUUAUUAGUUGAAAUGGAUGGAUUUGAUACAACUGAUCAUGUUGUUGUGUUAGCUGGUACAAAUAGACCUGAUAUUUUAGAUAAAGCAUUAUUAAGACCUGGUAGAUUUGAUAGACAUAUUUCAAUUGAUGUACCUGAUGUUGAAGGAAGAAAAGAAAUAUUUAAAGUACAUUUAUCAAAAAUAAAAUUACAAUGUGUUGAAGAAAUAGAUAUAAAACAAAAAGAUAUUGAUUUUGCAAAAUUUCAACAAUUAAAAAAUAAUUCAAUAGAACAAUUAGCAGGUAGAUUAGGUGCAUUAACUCCAGGAUUUGCAGGUGCUGAUAUUGCAAAUUGUUGUAAUGAAGGUGCUUUAAUAGCAGCUAGAGAAAAUGCUGAAGCUGUAGAUGUUCAUCAUUUUGAACAAGCAAUUGAAAGAGUUGUUGCAGGAUUAGAGAAAAAAUCAAAAAUUUUAUCACCAGAAGAGAAAAAAACUGUUGCAUAUCAUGAAGCAGGUCAUGCUAUUUGUGGUUGGUUUUUAGAAUUUGCUGAUCCAUUAGUUAAAGUAUCUAUUAUACCUCGUGGACAAGGUGCAUUAGGUUAUGCUCAAUAUUUACCAAAAGAUCAAUAUUUAACUUCACAAGAACAAUUUAAACAUAGAAUGAUUAUGACUUUAGGAGGUAGAGUAUCUGAAGAAUUGCAUUUCGAUACUGUUACAAGUGGAGCUUCUGAUGAUUUUAAAAAGAUAACACAAAUGGCUCAACAAAUGAUUCUUAAUUUAGGUAUGUCUCCAAAAUUAGGUCAAAUUUGUUAUGAUCAAAGUAAUGAUUCUGGUUUUAAAGUACAUAAUAAUUAUUCAGAAGAUACAGCAAGAAUAAUAGAUCAAGAAGUUAAAAGAUUAAUUGAUGAAGCUUAUGUUGAAUGUAAAAAAUUAUUAACUUCAAAAUUAGAUUUAGUUGAUAAAAUAGCUCAAGAAUUAUUUAAAAAGGAAGUUUUAACUAGAGAAGAUAUGAUUAGAAUUUGUGGAGAAAGACCAUUUUUAGAAAGAAAUGAUGCAUUUGAUAAAUAUGUUAAAGGUAAAGAUGCAUUUAAAGGCAAACCAAAAUCAAAAGAAGAAAAUAAAAAAGAAGACGAUGGUGGUAAAGAUAUUCCACCUGCUGAAGUGGCUUAA